AUGAGUAACAACAGAAAGAAGGCGCUGUUGAAGAUCAUCAUCCUCGGCGACACCGGCGUCGGUAAAACGUCGUUGAUGAACCAGUAUGUGAACAACAGAUUCAGCUCACAAUACAAAGCCACCAUUGGAGCUGACUUCUUGACCAAGGAUAUUCACAUUGAUGGCAGAACGGUGACUGUUCAGGUAAGGGGUUUUUGUUUUUUUGUGAUUUUAGGUAGGUGGAAGAGACGGAAAAGGUAGAGAAGAAGCUUUCAUAGUGUGAGAAAGUUAAGAUUAUGGUUUUAUGGGACUUUUUAUACCUAAAAUAAGCCGUUUCGAACUUUUCUAGUACAUGAAAUUCAUAAAUAAUAUCAAAAACAAUAUUGGCUUUUCAGAUCUGGGACACCGCAGGCCAAGAGCGCUUCCAAUCGUUGGGUGUAGCCUUCUACAGAGGGGCGGAUUGUUGUGUUUUAACCUACGAUAUUACGAAUUCAAAUUCUUUCAAAUCUCUGGAAACCUGGAGAGACGAGUUUCUAGUCCAAGCAUCGCCGCGUGAUCCAGAAAACUUCCCAUUUGUUCUUUUGGGUAACAAAUUGGAUCAAGAACCGAGAAGAGCUGUCACAACGAGACGAGCCGAAACUUGGUGUCAGAACAAGGGUGGAAUACCUUAUUUUGAGGUAAGGGGGUUUUGUUGAGGAAGGAGAUGUAGAAAUUUGUUUUUCUUAUUUUUGGAAAGGUCUUUUCUUGUUUUAUGAUAACAGAGUUUUUUGGAUGAAAAAAUUGAGUUUUUUUUUGGUUUGGAAAGUCUUGUCGUCAUUUUGUAGAGGUUUGUAUGGUCAAAAACGACAAGGCAUUUUUGAAAUUUUAAAUUUUUUUGAAAAUUAUUUGGUUGCUCAAAUAAUUCUGCGCUAUCUAACUCAAUAAUUUACUUUGAGAGAGGGCACGGAAUUAUUUGAACAACCCAACUUAAAAAUUUGAAUAAGUCACCUUAAAAUGAUAACAAAAUUAAAAAAUAUUUUCAGGUAUCAGCGAAGGAAGGGUCGAACAUCGAAGAAGCCUUCCAGUCCAUUGCUCGUGCCGCCUUAGCUCGCGACUCGCAGGACUCACUACACGACUAUCCCGACUUCCCUGACCAGAUCCGAAUCAGCCCGUCGGAUCGGAACCGUGACAGCGGCGGUUGCAACUGUUAA